AUGAAACCUCUUCAACCUAUCAAUCAUGUCGAUCUUAACAUCCAUGACGUUUAUACGUCUAGGAACCUCGACCAUCUUCGAAAGUUUCUUUACAAUAACAAUACGAAAAAAGCCAAUUUCGAACGAUCUCUGGCCUAUAAUCCAAGCAACCUUUCCAAUGGGAUCUCAAACUUGAGUUAUAGACUUUCUAAGAGUCCUUCGAAUCCAUCUUCACAAUUCACUAGUCUCAAUGUGCAAUUUGUAUCAUCUUCUGAUGUCAACCGUAAAGAUCUUUUGGGCCGAUGCUUAUUACAUAAAUUAGCGUCAUCUGAGAAUGAACCUGAAGCACUCGAAUGGUUGAAGGUCUUGGCCGAACAUCCUCAACUUCAAGUUAAUGCCACUGACGCUGAGAAUGGAUGGACUGCAUUGCAUCGAGCGCUAUUCUGUGGAAAUCUUAGUUUUGCCAAGGUUUUGCUCGAUGAGAUUGGUUGUGACAUACAUAUCAGGGACCACGAGGGAAUGUCUGCUUUUGCUCUUUACAACUCAACGAUUGACGGCGCAUGUCCAGCACCAGCUUUUACAACAAAAUCUGUGCUAGAGCAGAAUCGGACUGAACUCUUUACUUGGGGUAACAAUCGCAAUUUUGUUUUGGGCAUCCAGGGUGAUCGCGCUCACCCUGAAAGAAUCCACCUGAAGCAUCCACCUCAUCCGAAUCAACCGAGUUCUUCUUCGUCUCAAAUCAAUGCGUUCUUGCCCAUCCCGGUAUCUGUGGUAGCAAUGUGUAGGCUUCACACAGCCGUAGUGACAACAACUGGCGAAUUAUGGAUUUGUGGAUUUGGGUCCGGUGGUAGACUUGGUUUAGGAUGGUGUAACAAUAAACAACCCACAGGUACUCAGGUCCAUAAUAACAACAUCACAGCUCAAACUCAGCUUACUUUUGCGCGUGUCAAGGGCGCGUUGAUGAAUCAAAGAGUCAAAUCAGUUGCAUUAGGACAAGAUCAUACGAUUAUUGUUACCGAAGCUGGUCACCUUUAUAGUUGUGGUCUCAACCGAUUUGGUCAGCUAGGAUAUGGCGCCGAUACGAUGGAAACCCCUGAAUACGCAGCUGCCAAUUCCAGUUCAACAAACGAAGUGAUUCAAGCCGAUCCUAAGCGAGUGCUUGGUCCUCUGAAAAAAGAAAUCGUCUUGGGAGCUGCUGCGUCAAAGUGGCAUAGUGCUUGCUUCACUGCUGAUGCUUUGUAUACAUGGGGGGCUCAUCAAGGUCAACUCGGUUAUCCAAGUACGAGCAACAAUUCUCAGUCCACGAGUAUUCAAACUUGUCCUCGGAAAGUAACAGCUGCAAGCUCGCCCAUAUCUCAGUUAACUUGUACAGAUUACUCUACCGCUUUCCUUUGUCAUAACUCGGAUGUGUUUAUUAUCCGAUCGAAUAGUUGUAUAAAAGUGAUAUUUCCUUCAGAUCGCUUUCCAGCGCAUAUACCAGUGUAUAGGCCUCGCGAUCAAGGCCUUGGUCAUCUUCGAAUCAUCAAGAUUUCGGCUUUCGAUGAGACUCUAGCCGCGGUUUCUAAUAUGGGUGAUAUGUUCUCUUUGGACCUCGGGAGAAGCACUCAUUCAGAAUCAAAUCACGCCGGACAAACGCAGCUGACUUCCGCUAAUAGUCAACAUCAUCCUCAAAGUUUCUCAUCGAGCGCAAAUUUAUACAAACCUCAAAGAGUCUGGACUUUGGGCAAGAAAUUCACAGCGGUCACUGAUGCUGCUGUCGGAAUGGAUGGAUCGAUAAUCUUUUGUACCAAGUCAGGACACGUUUUUAUUCAUUCAAAGCGAACUGAAACUCAGUCCAGUCUUAAAGGCGGUCCUGCUCGAUUGGGCGAACAGAUCAAAAACACUCGGAAUCCAAAGCCAACUCGAAUAGCUCAUCUUGAAAGAAUCACCAAGGUUUCUGCUAAUCCGACUGGUGCUUUUGCUGCCAUUCGUGAAGAUGCCACUUUGAAUGAGAUUAAGAUACGUUGUGCUGCUGAAAGUAUUUCUUUACCUUCGGCCCUAAAAGCUUUGAACCAUUCAUUUGUUCGAGCAAACGAAAUUGGAGAUGAAGAAGAUGGAUCUGGUCCCACUGAGAAUGAAUGUGAAGGAGAGGAAGACGAUCAUACGUUUGACUGGGAUGAGAAAGUUGGCUGCGCGCUGAUUCGUAUGUCUUUAUAUUGGGAUUCCGACCAAGGACUCGAUCUACCCUUGCGAAAUGGUGAUAUGAUACUGCUAGUCGAAAACAAGACGAUUCUAGUUCACAAAAUACUUCGAGCGUUUCAACGAGAUUAUCCGGAGAUCAUAGAAGAAACUUUGAAAUCAAAUCUCGAUUCACUACCAAUCCGGUUACAGAAAUCUAAAACUGAUCUUGAACGUUUGGCCAGUCUGACCAAUCUUUCUGCAUUACAUAAGUCUUUAAUCAGAAUGGGAAAAGUGGUUCCAGAAGCUCGUUUAUCGGUUGAUUUUGAAGCUCAACUAUCAUGUUCAUCAGACACGAAAGAUCGGAUCAAGCCAGAUGUCGAAUUGAAGCUUCAAUCCGAUGAGGUCAUCAGUUGUCAUUCUACUUUAUUGAGGGCUCAAUGUCCUUUUUUUCAAAUGCUUUAUGAAGACGAUGCUUGGCUUGUUAGUCGCCGAGAAGUAGGUACAGCUGAUGGUGAUCUUAUCCGUCUUGAUAUGAGUCAUUUCUCUAAACGGGCUAUGGAGCUCGUGAUGCGCCAUAUCUACACGGAUGGUGCAACGGAUCUGUUCUUCACUGAAGGAUUCGGGUCUCUGGAUGAGUUCAUCGAUUUCGUGUGUGAUGUGAUGGCAAUUGCGAAUGAGCUACUCAUGGACAAGCUCAAAUGGAUUUGUAGCGUUGUCCUUCGAGAUUGCAUCAACCUUAACAAUGUUACCUCGAUUGCAGCCGAAGCCGAUUUUUACAAAGCAGAUGCCUUGAAAGACACAUGUAUGAAUUACAUCAUUUGCAAUUUGGAGACAAUCUUUCAAGACAAAGCUUUGAUGAAUAUUCCAGCAGAUCUCUUAUUACAAAUUGGACAAUAUCUUAAACGCUCACAGCAAGUCAAGUUUCCUCAGACCCGUUGUCAGGCUUUGAAAGAAGCACUUUUACAUUCGAAUGUGACUUUUCUAUCUGAAUUGGAUCUUCCUAAAUCGAAAGUAGGAGAGACACCACGAUUUUGGAAACAGUUUCUUAAAUCUUUAUCAAACACAUCGUCUAAUCAUCAGCCAACUGAAAUCACCUCUACUCAGUCGGUUUCGGGUUUAAAUGAAUCUAAGAGUACUGGGUCAUUACCUAUGACCACUGGUUUGAACUUAUCAUCUGGAAGUCCAGGAUCGUAUGGCGGACAGUCAUUGUGUAAAUCUGUACCUAGAGUAUCUCCACCUCCACCCACGAGUUCUUCUACCCGUGUCACUUCACAUUCGAUCCCCACACCACCUAGUAGGCUUAUAGAUGAUAGAGAACCCGAUGAAGGACCAUUUGUGAUGGACGAACUUGAUCAUUCUGAAAGCCAACCUUUGAAGAAAUCAGAAGGAGGAAAACAUGCACCUUGGGAAGGUAUAGCUACUCAGAACACUCGAGUCGACUUACGAUCCAUUAUGUUGACCGAAAAGCCAAGUGAAAUAUCUAAUGUGUCUACGUAUAACUCUACUAAAGCAAGUCCGAUACGAAUGUCAUUUGAAACUCCGAUGAAUAUGAAAUUAUCUCAAAGAGAGAAAAGAAGGAUUUCUUUAGAGACUUCUAAACAACCGACGAUUGAGAAUAAUGUUCAAAUUGUGAAACCAUCAGCUUGGAGAACAUCACCUUCGAAUCCGAAAUCGAUGGAUGUAGGCAAGGGUGUUCUUAAACCGAUUUCAUUUGUUAAAGGUAAUGUUUUGAACAACAAAGCAGUGGGUAGAACAGAGAUUCAGGGUGAGAGUUUUGAGAAGCAUUCAUCAGCGAAUGGGAAAAUGAUGGGUACCACUAGACUUUCACCUACGAUGAACCGAUCUAAUCAUGAAGUACCAUCAUCAAGCUUUGUUGGAGGUGGUUCAUCAAUGAAGACUAAAGCGUUGGAUCAAGUUGAUCCUGCUUCUGCUGUAGGAGCUGCAGUGAUUACACCUAUGAAGAUGUCGGUUGGGAAUCGAAGUAACAGUGUUUCACCGGGAUUCCGUUCACAAAAGUAUCAUCAAGAUACACCAUGGACGAAUUAUUCAUCUACUUCAUCUACUUCGUUUUAUGCUUCUGGAUUACCGAUUGGGGUUGGAAGUGGAUCAUCACCACCUCUAAGAAUAGAAGAAGAAGGAAUGAAGGUUUCGAGAAAAGAAGCCACGAAUGAAAGUGGUGUGAUGAUGACGACUGAUGGAAUGAUUGAAUCGGCUCAAGUACAUGAUUCGAAAUUAAUGAAGUUCUCAAUGAUUCAAAACCAACAAGAAACUGAAUCAUGGGCUAUCAAACAGAAAUGUAAACCUAGUUUGAUUAAGAUUCAAGAAGAAGAAAAUGAUAGACAGAUUGAGAUGAAGAGAGAAGUGGAGUUUUUGAAAUGGUUUGAGGAAGAGAGUAAGAAAUAUCAAGUGAUUGAACAACCACAAGAAGGAGGAGUGAAUGGAGCAGGAGGACAAAGUAAGGGUAAGAAGAAGGUUAAGGGUAGGAAAAGUAGUGGUGGGAUUGGUGGUUGGGAUGGUCAGAUUCAAAGUAAAGGAUCGGUUGGAUUGGAAGGUCAAUCGAGUGGAUUCGGAAGUAGGAUGAAAUCAAAAGAAAAGAAUUUAAAGGUUUCUAAACUGAAUGUGAAUAUGAAUGAUAAUCAUAAUCAAAAUCAAAAGGAUUUAUUGAACUUAUCGAUUAAUGAUUUGAGAUGUGAAGAUGAUUUUAAAAAAGGCAAAAGGAUUGAUAAGAGAAUCGGAUGUGGUCCUGGUUCUGGUUCUGAACUUCAUUGUACUUCUUCUAAGUCUGGUCAUUUUCAUUCAUCACAACAACAACCACUACCGAUUGGGAAUAGGUUACAACAGCAAGUUAAGUCUAAGUAA